AUCAGCUAAACCUAAGACGCGCACUGCUUGACCGUUUCAUAGGACCGAGCAACGACACGGUCUCGUCAAAUGUUCUUUACCUUUUGCAUAAGACGCACGAGUUAUUACAGUAUUCACAUCACGAACAAAUUAGAUCAUCGCGUCCAGCCAAACCUCCUCUCAUAUUCUCAGAGCUGAAGCCCCAUAUUUUUUUUUUUUUGUUUUCGUUUUUGGCCUCUUUGUGGCGUUUAGGCAUUCUUAAGAGCCAAUUAUGGCGGAGCCACUGGGACUGCUGAAAGUGACGGUGGUGCAAGGGAAAAGAUUGGUAAUCCGAGAUUUCAAGAGCAGCGAUCCUUAUGUGGUAGUUAAGUUAGGCACUCAGACGGCAAAGACCAAGGUUAUCAAUAGUUGCCUUAAUCCCGUUUGGAAUGAAGAGCUAAGUUUCUCUGUCACAGAACCUGUUGGAGUUCUAAAUUUCGAAGUGUUUGACAAAGACCGUUUCAAGGCAGAUGACAAGAUGGGACAUGCUCACCUCAGCCUUCAACCAAUAGUCUCUGCCGCCAGAUUGAGACAGAUUCUUGGGGUUUCUUCUGGUGAGACAACAUUAAGGAAGGUAGCCCCGGACAGUGACAACUGUCUUGCUGGGGAGAGCUCUAUUAGUUGCAUAAAUGGAGAGGUGGUGCAGAGUGUAUGGUUAAGGCUCUGUGGAGUUGAGUCGGGGGAGAUUGAACUAAAGAUCAAGUUAAUCAAUCCACCAGUUACUCCCCCAAGGUAGAUUUCUACAAAUACCGAGUCUCCAGUUUGCAUUGCAUAUGUUCGGAUUUCUAACAAUUGAGGGGCGGGGAAGAGAUGAAUGUGGUUGUAGGUAAGUUUUUCCUCAUGUAACCCCCUUUAUAGAUGUUAAAGAAAAAACACUUCUAAUGUAGAAUUAGUAUACGAAUGUGAGUAGGCUAAAGUGAAGCCAAGCUGUGUGUGGAUGUGUGUUUGUUUAAAGUUACUUAUUAAAAAAAAAAGAACGCGUGUUUAUUUAAAGUCAGAUGAAGUAGGAAUUCGAAUU